UGCUUGUACUUGUCGUAGCUGUGCCGCCUGCCUGGGAAGGACACUUUGCGGGUUGCCUGGACUGAAAGAGGCGGCUCUCACAUCCCACCCCUAGCUCUUACCUAAGCCUCGCCGAGAACUAGGACCAUGGGGUACAAGGUGACCCCGUCUCUGGUCUUUGCUGUGACCGUGGCUGCAAUCGGCUCUUUCCAGUUUGGCUACAACACUGGGGUCAUAAAUGCUCCCGAGAUGAUCAUAAAAGAUUUUAUCAACAGCACCUUGUCCGAGAAGUUAAAGGAUCCUCCCAGCACGGGGCUGCUCACGACGCUCUGGUCCUUGUCCGUAGCUAUCUUCUCCGUGGGCGGGAUGCUUGGCUCCUUCUCCGUUGGACUCUUUGUCAACCGCUUUGGCAGGCGCAACUCAAUGCUCAUGGUCAACCUCCUGAUCGUUGCUGGCGGCUGCCUCAUGGCUUUCUGCAAGGCGGCCAACUCCGUGGAGAUGCUGAUCCUGGGCCGCUUGAUCACUGGCAUCUUCUGUGGGCUCUGCACAGGGUUUGUGCCCAUGUACAUCGGAGAGGUGUCUCCCACCUCCUUGCGGGGUGCCUUUGGCACCCUCAACCAGCUGGGCAUCGUCAUUGGGAUUCUAGUGGCUCAGAUCUUUGGCUUGAAGUUCAUCUUGGGGACUGAAGAGCUCUGGCCUCUGCUGCUCGGCUUCACCAUUAUCCCAGCCAUCUUGCAAAGUCUGGCACUUCCUCUUUGCCCGGAAAGUCCUAGAUUCUUACUCAUUAACAGAAAGGAAGAGGAGCGUGCUAGGAAAAUCCUGCAGCGGCUGUGGGGCUCUGAGGACGUGUCCCAGGACAUCCAGGAGAUGAAGGACGAGAGCGUGCGGAUGAGCCAGGAGAAGAAGGUCACCGUGCUGGAGCUCUUCCGCUCCCGCAGCUACCGCCAGCCCAUCAUCAUCUCUGUCGUGCUGCAGCUCUCCCAGCAGCUCUCAGGGAUCAACGCUGUGUUCUAUUACUCAACGGGAAUCUUCAAGGACGCGGGCGUCAAGGAGCCCAUCUACUCCACCAUCGGUGCGGGCGUGGUCAACACCAUCUUCACUGUGGUGUCCGUGUUUCUGGUGGAAAGGGUGGGAAGGAGGAGCCUGCACAUGAUCGGCCUCGGCGGCAUGGCUGUGUGCUCCAUCACCAUGACGGUCUCACUGCUACUGAAGGACAAUUACAACUUCAUGAGCUACAUCUGCAUUGUGGCCAUCUUGGUCUACGUGGCCUUCUUUGAGAUCGGGCCGGGCCCCAUCCCCUGGUUCAUCGUGGCGGAGCUCUUCAGCCAGGGACCCCGCCCGGCAGCUAUGGCUGUCGCCAGCUGCUCUAACUGGACCUCCAACUUUUUGGUUGGACUGCUCUUCCCCACGGCUGCAGCCGCUUUAGGAGCCUACGUUUUUAUCAUCUUCGCCGUCUUCCUUAUUAUCUUCUGGCUGUUCACCUUCUUCAAAGUCCCAGAGACCCGAGGCAGGACUUUUGAGGACAUCUCACGGGCCUUUGAAGGGCGAGAUCAGGACGCCGCAGGAUCCGGGAAGAGCCCAGCCAUGGAGCUGAACAGCCUGCAGCCUGGGAAGCAGCAGGCCACAGGCGUGUAGGCCACCUCCACCAGGACUGCGGACAGCGACCCUCUGAGGCCGCCUUCAGCCCACAAACCUAGGACUGUUACAGUGCUGCUGCCCGUGCCUGUCUCCCCCUCAGCAAGCCCUGGCUUACAGGCCAGUGCCCGGGCUUCUCAAAGCGUAUCACUUGUUGGACCUUCUCCCGUGGCACCAGCCAGGUGACCUCCUCUCACUGGGCCACACACCCCUCUUCUGCCGUGAGGGCCAGCUCUGCUCGGGUGCAAGGGAGAGCUGUGGAUUCCACACCUCAGUUCUCAGGCACUUGGGUUGUAUUUAUUUUAUCUCCUGGUUUUACUGCAUAAAUAUUUAUUUUUUUAAGUAAAUUUUACCAAACAGUGAAGACAUAAGGAAAUGGAGGUGAGAGGCCUUUAAAGAAAGGCUAUAGAUAAAGCAGGUUUGAUACCAGAGCAAGCAAGGUGUGAGAAGGAAAGACUCAGGGAGAAGGGGGGUGCAAUGUGGUCCCCAGGAGGGCACCUGCUCCCCACAGUGUCUGCAUCUCUCACAGGAGACUUCGUUACACUUCAUUUCAGGAAAGUCAUGUGCCUGCAGAGAAAAACUACUGGUUACCUUUGGAAGUUUGCUUUAAAAUUAUAGUUUAUAUACAUAUAUAUAGUAUUACUUGAAAUCCGGGGCUGUUACUAAGAUGGGCAUUGUCAUUACAUGCAGUAGAUGGAUUUUUAUUUCAAGAGUCCAGACAAGAGAGGUUGUUUGUAGAAAGCCACCUCCCUACCCUCCCUGGACCAAGCCAAUUCUCAUUUGUCCUGUAGACCCCACACCCCCACCCUCACCUCUACCCCCACCCUGCUCUCCAGUGAGGGCAAAAAAUACUGCUCACUAGAGCUUCAUUGUUUCUCCACUUUGUUACAAUAUUUUGUUGAUUUUUGACUUUAACUUAUAGCUUUAAAGGAAUUCCGAGGAGAACCCUCAUGGGUAAUUUGGAAUUUGAGACCUCAGCUCUGGGAAAAGAUUUUUCAUGAACGAUUGCUGUGUUUUAGUGUGCUGUGUAUGGUCAGGGCUUGCCGGUCCACGUCUGUUACCAUACCAGGUCACUCUUGUACCAUGUUACUGUGACACCCACUAGGUGCCCUCAGGGACC